AUGUCCCUUGAACCGGACCCCAUUUUCAUAAAAGGUUCUCCUCCUCCUUCACUGAAGAGCAGCCAUUUCACUUUGCUCUCACCCAAAAUGCUCACAACAAGGCUCCAAAAUCUCAAGCUCCAUUCGUCUCUAAAACCCCACAUCAAAUCCCUGCGUCACUUCUUAAACCCUCUAUGCACCACACCCGAGUCACCGGAGCUUCCAAGCUGGGUCAAGUUCUUCGACUCCAACCACCCAAAACCCGCCGCGUCUUCUUCUUCCGACGACGACUUCGUCAUCCCUUCUCUGGCCAACUGGGUCGAGACCCACAACCUAAACCACCCCACCAAACCCCCCAAGCCCUCAGCUUCCGACGCCGACGAGACCCUCGAAAGCAUCAGCAAAAUCUUGAAGCUCCGGUACCCUUCGCCGGAAAACGCAGCUGAAGCGUUGGAAAGGUGUGAUUUUGAGGUGUCAGAUGGUCUGGUGCAACGGGUUUUGAUGAGGUUUAGCAAUGAUUGGGUCCCUGCUUUGGGUUUUUUCACUUGGGCAAAACGUCGAACAGGUUAUGUGCAUUGUCAUGAGGCCUAUAACUCCAUUGUUGAUGUGUUGGGAAAGUCGACAAAUUUCGAACUUAUGUGGGAUGUUGUUGAGGAAAUGGAUCGGAUUGGAAAAGGAUAUGUGUCAUUGGAGACAUUGACAAAGGUGUUUAGGAGGCUUGCAAAGGGUGGUAAGCACAAAGAAGCAAUCGAGGCGUUUCGGGGCAUGGAGAGGUUCGGAUUGAGCAAAGAUGUUGUGGCCUUGAACACUCUUUUGAGUGCAUUGGUGAAGGAGAGGAGCGUUGAGCUUGCGCAAGAAGCUUUCUUGGAGUUCAAGGAAUCUGUACCUGUGAAUGAUCACAGUUUUAAUAUUUUGAUACAUGGGUGGUGUAAGAAUAGGAAGAUGGAUAUUGCUAGGAGCACAAUGGAGGAGAUGGAGAGACAUGGGUUUCGCCCUGAUGUUUUCUCUUAUACUUGUUUGGUUGAGGCUUAUUGUAGUGACAAGGAUUUUCGGAAAGUUGAUGAAGUUGUUAGUGAAAUGAAGGGAAAGGGUUGCGCGCCGAAUGCUGUGACUUACACUGUCAUACUGCAUGCUUUGGGGAAGGCAAGGGAGAUAACCAAGGCUUUGGAGGUUUAUGAGGAAAUGAAAGGGAAUGGUGUUGUUCCUGAUGUAUCCUUUUACAGCUCUUUGCUAUACAUUCUUGGUAAAGCUGGCAGGCUUAAGGAUGUUCAAGAAGUCGUUGAGGACAUGACAAAGCAGGGUGUAAAACCGAACGUUGUGACCUAUAACACCUUGAUUUCUUGUGCUUGCGAGCAUUCGCAGGAAGAGGGUGCUCUCAAGUUGCUGAAAAAAAUGGAGGAUUCGUGCAAGCCUGAUGUUGAGACUUAUGCCCCCUUGUUGAAGAUGUGCUGCAGAAAGAAGAGGAUGAAGGUGCUCUACUUUCUGUUAGACCACAUGUUUAAGAAUGACAUAAGUAUUGAUGCUGGGACCUAUGCGCUUUUGGUACGCGGGAUGUGCAAGAAUGGUAAACUUGAAAACGCUUCCGCCUUCUUUGAGGAGAUGGUAUUGAAGGGUUUUGUUCCCAAGGACAGCACAUACAAGAUGAUGAUAGAGGAAUUGCAGAGGAAGAGUAUGGAGGAAAAGAAGAAAGAUAUUGAGAAGUUGAUGUUGCAGGCAAAAGAGAAAGGCAACUUAACUCUUUAAUGACAGUGGGGACUAUAGAUUUUCUACUCAGAAAGGUGACAGACUCUGGCCAAUUUGGCUACAUGCUGAAUGCUGAUUUAACCGAAUUUGAGACGAC